CAGUUUGUUUCUAUCGGGCCAAUAGGAACGUUUGGAUUGUCGCGGAAUUUGCCAAACUUGUCGUUAUGUGAGAAAUAAAUUGCGUUUAUGUUUGGCUUCCAAUAGCAACUAUAUCAGUCGUGCUGCGAAUUUCGACAUGGCAAUUUGUGUUGGCGGCAUCACAAACAAUAAUACUAACUGCUAAAAUAUCGGAAAUACGAUUAUUCUAAUAUCGCAUAAUGGGUGUUACAUGUAUAAUUGAAUUUGAUGGCAAUUCACAUGGUACCUUCUUCGCAGGUCAAGUGAUGACGGGGAAAGUGACAUUAAAACUGGAUAAGGCUAAAGUUAUCAAAGCCCUCAGUUUAAACAUUCGUGGAUUUGCCGAAACUGAAUGGAGCGAAUCGAGAGGAACAGGAAAGGAUAGAUCCAAAGAUUAUUAUCGAGGAAGGGAAGACUAUAUAGCAUCCAAAACCUACUUAGCCGGAUCCACUCAAAGCACGCAAAUAUCGAUUGAGGCUGGCGUUCAUGUCUAUAACUUUACCUGUCAGAUACCCGCCAUCUGUCCCUCAUCGUUUGAGGGUUUCUAUGGCAGAGUACGCUAUAUGGUUACAGUGGCGAUGGAAAGGCCCUGGAAAUUUGAUCAGACCUAUGUACGAUGCUUUACGGUGCUUAAAAUGAUGGAUCUGAAUAUGGAAAGUCCACUAUUCAGGUUAGCAGCUCAUGUGGAGACACAGAAGUCCUAUUGUUGUUGGCCCUGUUCAUCAGCGCCACUACAGCUACAAUUGUCGCUACCGCAAACUGGAUUUGUCUCUGGCCAGGCAAUACCAGUGAACAUGACAGUUACCAACGAUAGUCACAUAAGGAUAGAGAUGCUGCAGGUCAGUCUGGCCAUGGUGGUUACCUACUUCGCAGAACAUUUUUCUCGCAGACAUUCUCGAACGGAGCGGUUUGUUGUGACCAAGCUGAUGGGUGAUCAUGUGCCAAAUUAUUGCAAGAAACAGUUCACCUAUUUGCUGAGGGUGCCCGCCACGCCACCCACUUGUAAUAACUUAUGCAAGAUUAUACAGAUUGCCUACAAGGUGGAGGUAGAGGCCAAGGUCAAAGGCUGUCAUCGCAACCAAAUGAUUAGUAUACCUGUCACCAUAGGCAAUGUGCCAUUGUCGGAGCACUUGUACAUUCAACAACGUGGAAUGGAGAUUCAAACACCGCAAACACUGGAUGCUAAGGCUUUGAGUGAUUCUGCGGCGGCCGCGUUCAUUCCACCACCCAUUGAUUCUAAUAUGCCCUGGACCAUGGAUAGCAGUAUUCCACCACCAAAUUAUGAGGAGGCUGUUCACAUGCGUCAUAAUCCCGAUUCAGUUAAUGGAAUUAAACCGACAGCACCACCGAAUACGCAAAGUUUGGAUGAGAACGAAUUUGCACCACUCUAUCCCAUAUUUAAUAUACCAAGUCCAACGGCACCUAUGGCUAGUACGGACAAUGAUGGUUUUCCAAAUGCUGAUGCGGUUGCAAACAAAGGAACUUGGCUGUGAACGGAUUCAAAGAUUCAUCAAACCAUAUACAGGCUAUUAUAACAUUACAUUAACGUAAUGUAGUCUUUAUAAUAACAGUCUUCAUAAUAACAAAAAGUGUACAGAAAAUAUGUUUGUAAAUAUAUAUAGAAUUUGUGGAAAAAAUGUUGGCAAAACUCUUAUGG